AUGAUUACUCUACAGUCUUGGCUGGUCAGUAGCAAUGUCAACGAUCCGCUGCGAUCAGCAGAUUUCUGGCCUUUCGUCACUGGGAUCCGAACCUUGAAACAUACGAUCGUGAAACCUCCCGCGGUACCGCCACAAGAUUCCCUCUUUCUUCUCUACUAUCACCUGCCCACUCGCUGGUGGAAUCAAAAACCUUCGCGGGGCUCUCUGACGCUUUCCAAGAUCAAUAGCUGCAGUCCUUUGAACAUGGCGCUUCCGCAGAGAUCUGACAUGGGCGACAACUAUUCGGGGUUUGCGAGUGGACUGGCAUGCCAUCCAUCACGUGAUCGGGUGCAUGGGCCACCUGCCACUCUCAACUCACCUCGUCUUUGGUUCGUUCACGCUGACUUGAUGAAGCUGUUGGCCCUGUGA